UCCCUUCGGUUCUGUCCAACUUCAUAUGACUAACAUAGCAUAGUCCAUAAACCCCUGCCGCUACUUCCACCAAGUGCAACAAAUAGCCCUCGGUCGAAUUACCGGUUGCCUUGCGAAAGAAAGUUGAUGAUCAUGGGCUCAGAGGUGCAACGCCCUCUGCUGCUCGGGCUGGAUUCGCACAGCCGGGUCUCUGACUUGUCAUCGGUGGUGAUCGAGGAGUUCCUGGAGAAGGGGAAAGUGCCGGCGAGGUGGUGGCCCCAGCUCGUUGCCUGGGAGUCGAGGCUGCUUUGGCUCCUCUCGGGGUCGUCCAUCAUUGUGUCGUUGUGCAAUUACAUGCUAACCUUCGUGACCCUCAUGUUUACGGGACACCUGGGCGCCUUGGAGCUCGCGGGGGCCUCCAUCGCCAGUGUGGGCAUUCAGGGUCUGGCUUACGGAGUCAUGAUAGGGAUGGCGAGUGCAGUGCAGACGGUGUGCGGGCAGGCGUACGGGGCGCGCAAACUGGCGGCGAUGGGCAUAAUAUGCCAACGGGCCAUAGUCCUCCAUGUGGGGGCGGCCUUCCUCCUGACCUUCCUUUACGGAUUCUCAGGUCCGGCCCUCAGGGCGAUAGGCCAGUCCCACAGCAUAGCCGAGCAGGGCCAGAUCUUCGCCUGGGGCCUCAUCCCCCAGCUCUAUGCGUUCGCUAUCUCGUGCCCAUUGCAGCGGUUCCUCCAAGCCCAGAACAUCGUUAACCCGCUGGCCUACAUGUCCGCCGGCGUGUUUGUCCUCCACAUCCUCCUCACGUACCUCGUGGUCUACGUGCUGAGUUAUGGGCUCAUCGGGGCAGCGCUCACGCUGAGCUUCUCGUGGUGGCUCCUUGUCGUGCUGAAUUGGCUUUACAUCGUGUUCAGCCCGUCGUGCAGGGAGACAUGGACCGGGCUCUCAAUGCAGGCCUUCAAGGGGAUCUGGCCCUAUUUCAAGCUCACCGUUGCCUCUGCUGUCAUGCUCUGUCUGGAGAUUUGGUACAGCCAAGGACUCGUGCUCAUCUCGGGUCUCCUCCCGAACCCAACGAUUUCUCUAGACUCCAUUUCCAUUUGCAUGAACUACUGGAAUUUUGACAUGAACUUCAUGCUAGGGCUAAGCGCCGCUGCCAGCGUUCGAGUAAGUAAUGAACUCGGGGCGGGGCACCCUAAGGUAACCAAGUUCUCAGUCAUCGUAGUGAAUGGAACCAGCAUCCUCAUCAGUAUAGUAUUCAGUGCGAUCAUCCUCAUAUUCCGGGUCGGGCUGAGCAAGCUCUUCACGUCCGAUGCCGAAGUCAUUUCAGCGGUCUCGGACUUGACUCCUCUGCUUGCCAUUUCCGUCUUCCUUAACGGCAUUCAGCCGAUCCUCUCUGGUGUUGCGAUAGGGAGCGGGUGGCAAGCGCUGGUGGCCUAUGUUAACCUCACUACAUACUACAUCAUUGGCCUCCCCAUAGGAUGCGUUCUGGGCUUCAAGACGAGCCUCGGCGUGGCGGGGGUCUGGUGGGGUAUGAUUAUUGGAGUGGGUUUACAAACUCUGACCCUGAUCAUAUUAACUGCAAGAACAAAUUGGAGCACCGAGGUCGAAAAGGCUGUCGCUCGAUUGAAGAGGUCGGCGACCGAGGAAGCAACGAGGGUUAUAGUUGAUAACAUUUGAUCGGAAGAAUUGAGCACAAGGUCUUUUCUUUUUUCAGUUACAAGGAAGGGCCGUGACCCUAAUGCAAUCAACACAUAGUUUUACUUUACCUUGGCGAAGUUACCAUUUUGUUCCCAUUAAAUAGAUAAAAAAAGAUUUAUCAUUUUGUUAUCUAUAAAAUAAAUAUUUCGUUCCAGAACAUAGCAUCCGAUCAAGGAAUGAGUAUUUCACAGAUCCAUAUACGGAUUCAA